AUGGCAGGCAAUACAACAAAAAUCCGCAAAGUCCUUUCUUUGAUUUUAGCAGUUUGCGUCGACCUUUCCUUGUUUUACGCAUCGGGAUGUGUAGUUACUAACAGCGUCUUUGGACAUCUUGCGCGUCUCUGGGUUUCUGCUGGUCUCCGGUGUUUAGCACUAACUGCUGUAACUCUGCUCAGUCUUGGAGACUUCAAACCAUUGCUGAUUCGUUUGAUAACGGCCCACAGUCUGCUGCCAGCGGUGUUUGAGACCGGCACCAAAGCGCUCUACCAUGAGGAGACCCAGUGUGGCCUAUUGGCGGAUAUUCGCUGCUGGCUGAUGUGCACCGGAGCGUCGCUCGCUGCUGCACUGUUUUGGGAAAUCACCAUACCGGACACCGACGAUGCGGCUAACGGUAAAGAGAAGAAGCAGAAAGCCAGAGAGCUGUUUAUGAGAGUCUUAUAUCUGUACAAACCCUACUAUCACCUGCUUCUUGGAGGGCUUGUGUUCCUGUCGCUGGCUGUUAUCUGUGAGAUGUUCAUCCCGUACUACACUGGGAGAGUCAUUGACAUCCUUGGCAGUCAGUACCAGCCAAACGAAUUCAUGUCUGCACUCCUCUUCAUGGGCCUGUUCUCUCUGGGAAGCUCUGUGAGUGCAGGCUGCAGAGGGGGUCUCUUACUCUGUGCCAUCAGUGCCUACACAUGCAGAAUGAAAGUCAAGCUGUUUGGGGCUUUGACCAAACAGGAAAUUGGAUUCUUUGAGACCAUAAAGACAGGUGAAAUCACAUCCAGGUUGUCUAGAGACACCAACUUGAUGGGAAGAACAGUGUGUCUGAAUGUCAACGUGCUGCUGAGGACAUUCAUCAAGACACUGGGCAUGAUCUCCCUGAUGAUGAAUCUUUCAUGGAAGCUCACAUUCCUCGUAUUGAUGGAGACGCCUAUCACUGGCCUCAUUCAGAACAUCUACGACACACACUACCAGAGGUUGUCCCUGGCAGUGCAGGACUCAAUGGCUCUGGCAAAUGAAGCUGCGAAUGAGGCAGUGUCCGGUAUUCGUGUGGUUCGGAGCUUUAACACAAAAAAACACGAGGCCCGUCGCUAUGAUGACCGCUUGAUGGACACACACAUUCUCAAGACCCGCCGGGACACUGUCAGGGCUGUUUACCUGCUCGCACGGAGGCUGACAGGGUUGGCCAUGCAGGUCUUCAUGCUGUACUACGGCAGGCUGUUCAUUCGGAGUGGGCAGAUGACUACUGGCAACCUGGUUUCCUUCAUCCUCUACCAGUCAGACCUUGGAGACAACAUUAGGACUCUCACCUACAUCUUCGGCGACAUGCUAAACUCAGUGGGGGCUGCUGGGAAAGUGUUUGAGUACCUGGACCGAAAACCUAAUGUCAGCACAGAGGGAAAACUUCAACCUGAUCAGCUGACAGGACACAUCAUCUUCCGCCGUCUCAACUUUGCCUAUCCUGCAUGUCCCAACAAAACAGUGCUGCAGGACUUUUCUUUGGAGCUGAAGUCAGGUCAGAUGACAGCACUGGUGGGUCCAUCUGGAGAAGGAAAAAGUACAUGUGUGAGUCUGCUGCAGCGAUUCUAUGAGCCGCAGGAUGGAGAAAUCCUCAUGGACAGUGAGCCACUGAAAUCCUAUGACCACCAUUUCCUUCACAAAAAGAUUGCAGUGGUGAACCAGGAGCCUGUGCUCUUCUCUGGCUCCAUCAGAGACAACAUCGCCUAUGGGCUCGCUGACUGCUCAUUGGAUGAGAUCCAGGAAGCAGCACACAAAGCCAACGCCCAUGAUUUCAUCGAGCAGCUGGAGAAAGGCUAUGAUACAGAGGUCGGUGAGGGUGGCGGCCAGUUGUCGAAGAGUGAGAGGCAGCGAAUCGCGAUUGCUCGAGCUCUAGUCAGACAGCCACAGGUCCUCAUUCUGGAUGAAAUAACGAGCUCUUUGGACACUGAGAGUGAAAAUAAGGUUCAGCAGGCCCUGGCUAGUUGUCCCAACCAGACCCUGCUGGUGAUCGCUCACAGGCUGAAGACGAUUGAGAAGGCCGAUCAGAUCGUUGUGGUUAGUGACGGCAGAGUUCAGGAGCGAGGCACUCACCAGGAACUGAUGGACAGGAAGGGGAGCUACUACAAACUGAAAGAGAAGCUCUUCACUGAGGGAAACUCACCACAGCGUUAA